AUAUACUGAAAUUUAUUAAGAUGGUGCAAAUGAGAUGAGGAAGUAACUCGUUAGCUUUAGAACUCAUGGUAUGGCUGCUAUCCGUCAACUGGUAGGCAUAGACAAAGACCAAGAGUUACUCGAAGCAGCCAGACACGGGAAAUGCGAGGUCAUCGAGAAACUCCUGAAAAAAUCAACAAGUGGGAGUAGCCUGCUGACCAAUCUAAGUAGUUUUUUAAAAGUUAACAUCAACUGUGUGGAUAGAGAGAAAGACACGCCCCUUCACCUUGCUGCACUCAAUGAUCAUGUAGGGGCUGUUGAGAUUCUGCUGCGAGAGAACGCCUCAGUAAAUGUUGUAGACAACCGUGGAUGUAACCCGCUCCACCUAGCAGCGUGGAAAGGGAAUGUGGAAAUCUGCAAUAUAUUGCUAACAAAUCCUCACUCACAAGCUCAAGUCAACUUACAGAACUGUGAUGGAGAAACCCCACUCCACAGUGCAGCACAAUAUGGCUUCACUCCAACUGUCAGCAUCCUUCUGGAACAUCACUCAGAUCCCACCAUCCGGAACCUGAAGGAUGAGUCACCUCUUGACCUUGCAGCUCGUUAUGGUAGAGUGGAGGUGGUGCAGCUCCUGAUAGACAAGUGUCCAGACCUUGUCCACAGUCCAACCUUUAUCCACUCUCCACUUCAUCUGGCCGUGGCAUGUGGACACAAGCAGAUAGUGGAGAUUUUGUUGGACAAAGGAUUUAACAUAAAUACAAUGACAGAGGAUGGCACUGCCUUACAUUUAGCAGCCCUGUACUGUAAGCCUGACAUUGUCAGAAUCUUGCUUGAUAGAGGUAUAGACUGCACUGAGCGAGACAAGGAUGGGAAAACAGUGUUAGAAAUUCUUCAAGAACAAAAGAAUCAGUCUUCUUAUUUGGAGAUAAUCUCCUUGAUUACAGAUCAUCUUAAUAAAAAUUCACAAGAAAGUCUAGAGGCCAAAGUGUAUGAAACAUUAGUGGAUCACACCCCUAAACCUGUCCCUAAGCCCCGCCCAUCUGUAAGCAGUUCCCCAGAAACAGAGAGGAAAAGUCCCCCCAUGUGUAGAACUAGUGAAGCUUCAGUUCAGUAUGCAAGGAUUGACAAAAGUCAACCUGGAAAUGCCCAUUCAAGUGAAGAUGUGAAUGCUGUUUUCCAAGAAGAACCCCCACCAGUUCCUCCAAGACAGUCAACAUUUGACGGGGGUGACACCUCACCUGUACACAGGACCAUUGAGGAAGUAUCAAAAGAACGAGAUUCCAUGGUAUCAUUCCAAAAUAUCCAACCAUUCCAGCCUCCCUUUACCCUCCCUUCCACCACCGCCACCCCCACACGACCCCAACCCUCCAGACGCUCCACUGACAGACAGACUGUUUCCAUGUAUGGUGCUCCAGCCUUGCCUGAGAAGAUGUCCCCUAAGAUGUAUAGGGCUGGUGCCAGUAUACAGAAUCUCAGUGUUAUUAACCACCCCCCAGCUCCAUGUGAACCCACACAGAUACAACCAGGUGGAUAUUUUUCAAUGUCUGAUUCCCCUGUACAGAGUCCAAAGCCCAAUCGACCAGUGAAACCUAUCAGAAAAAAGAAAGCAUUAAGUCCUUUGCCAAAAAGAAGUAAUACAUCUGAAUCAAGUGUAGAAAAGCAAGAAAAUACCCCACCAUCUAGAACUCGACUUGCUUCAGACAGUGAAGUUUUAAAUACAGGAAGUGAUUUAACUAAGCCUUCCAUCAAAUCAAAAGAUCAUGACAUCACUUCCUCUGCAGAAGUUCCUGCACCUUGUGAUAAUCUAAAGGAUUCAAAGAAGGUUGAUGAAAUACUGAAUGAUGAAAAAGUGAAGAAUUUGGAUGAAAACAAUGAUAAAAAUGUUAUUGAAUCCAACUUAGAUGUCAGUUUAAAUAACAGUGCUGCAGAUAAUGAACCAACAACAGAGUAUGAAGUUAUGUCACAAGUAAAACAACCAAAUUCAAAAGAACAAACUGAUAUAGAUGUGCACACUAAAACUUCAUCUCUAGCGAGGAUGGAUGUAAUUGAUACUUACCAAAUAGCAUCAGGUGUGACAAGGAAAAGUUCACUGGACCGGAAAGAUGUGAUAGACACUUACCAGAUUGCCUCCAAUAUUGUUGGUAAAGGAGAGUCAUUGGACCGUAAAGAUGUGAUAGAUACUUAUCAGUUUGCUGGAGAAAUAGCUAAAUUCAGGGACAAAGAUGAUCUGCCUCCACCUUGUCCUGCUUGGAUACAAGAGGAGGGGAUGGAGGUCAGGGGUUCAAAUGCUGAAGGACACAACAAAUCUGGCAAGGCAUUGGGUUUAAUUCAAGAGGAGGCAGGGUCACAGUAUGAAAACAAUGCCUCUGUUGUAACAGCCAGGGGAGGUAGUGAAAGAACAGCUGAAGAAGAAGGAACUCAGUAUGAGAACAGUGCCUCUGUGUCAGAGGUGAAGUUUGCAGAACAAGUGAGAGAAUCUCAAGGAUUUACGCCUAUGAGAGAUUCCAAAGGAUUUAUACCAUUGACAGUUUCCAAAGGUUUUGAGACCAAAAACACAGGGGAGGUAACAAAGGAAGAAGAAAAUCCUUAUGAUGCCUCUCUUUUCAUGCAGACAGGGCCAAAAUCUGAGAACAUUCCAAAUGCUCAAAGUGGACCAAAAAGUGACAUUCCAAAGAAUGAAGGAGAACCAAAUAAAAAAGCUGAUGAGGAAAACAAUGAAACCUCAGAGGCUGAGUCUGUAAACAACUGUGAUAGAAUCUGUAACAUUCCAAAAGAUUCCAGUGAACAGGAUGUGAUAUAUGAGGAACCAGUAAGUCGUUCUAAACCAAAAUCAGACAUUCCUAAAAAGCCAGCUGUUGGUAGCAAACCUGCCAACAAAAAUUUGCCAGCUGGAACGAAAGUACCAGUCUCCCCUAAGGGACCUAAACCCCCACUUGUUCCCAAGCCCUCAUUGAGGUCUGAUAAACAAAAAUUGGUUAGUGCUUCAAAGCAGGAUAACUGUGAUGAACCUGUCUGUGAUAAUACCAGUGGGGAAUAUGUGACCCUUGCUGAAUCUGUGUUACGUCACACAAAGGAUAAGUCAGAGAGGUUGUCUAAUGGGGUUAGUGAUUCAACAGAGGGACAAGGACAAGGGAUGAAACCACCAGGGUCCUUAGAAUUGGGCAAGAAGAAAGGGAUGACAGGAAUACCCUUGACCCCCACUGGAUAUGCUCAACCUCCCACCCCUGACUUCCCUCCCCCCUCACCCCACACAGCUUUAGUGGGCAUUGAAGAAAAAAUGGCCAUUAUUGAUAACAAGAGGUCUUCUAAAGACAUGGAAACCAUUACAGAGGCAAAUAUGUUGACUGAGAGUCAAGGCCACUCUGCUGAUACCCAGAAUUCCAAAGUUCCUGUUGCCAAGGCAGCAGACGAAGCUGAGGAGCCAGUGGUGAUGAGAAGAGCCUCCACUAGAGGAAGUAGCAGUAGUAUGGAUGACAUUGUCACAGACGACAAACUGGGUCCAUUUGCUGGUCUGUACAGGGGCUCUGUGAUCGGUGGACCGCGAACUGUAGUGACCCAAAUUACGGACAAUGUCGCACACAGAAACUCAUGGUCCUCAAAGAGGAAGUCCUUGCCUGGUGCCAUGGCAAUGACUUUUGACCCCAUGAAAGAAGAAAAUAUUGAAAAGAAUAUGGCAACCAUUGCCAUGUCAACACAUGAGCCAAGAAAGUCCAGAUUACAUGGGAAAGAAGAGGGUGCCGAUGAUGAUGAAGAAUGGGCAAAGAUUGAAGACAUAAUGGCAUCGUUUGGGGGUGGAAUUGCCAGAGAGUCUGUGUUUAUGAGAGAAAUGGAACCAGCCUUUCUGAAAAAGUUAGCUGAUAGUUUACAACAGUAUCCCGGACAGAUCCUGAGUGUGGGGGAAUGGCUAGAGGAGAUCGGACUUGGUCAGUAUGAGAAUACGCUGGUGGCUAAUGGAUUUGACCACACAGAUUUUCUGGGAGAGCAGAUAAUGGAGGAUAGUGACCUUGAAGCUAUAGGAAUUACCUCAGAAGAACACAGGAAAAAGAUCCUGGACUCAGCCAAAUCACUGUCACAGCUCACUCCUAUAGACCCGGACAACCUCCCCACGUCAGUUUGUGAUUGGUUGAAUUCCCUACAUCUGUCAGACAAGACGGAAACAUUCAUGAACAAAAACUUUGACACGAUGGAUCGUGUGAUGAAGUUGUGGGAAGUAGAACUGACUAGUGUGUUAGACAUCACAGCUGUAGGACACAGGAAACGAAUUCUGGCCUCACUGGCAAACAGGAAAAAGCCCGAGAGACAGUUCUCAAGUCUGAAGAAGCGUACCAAGGAUGAGGAUAAACCCACUUCAGAACCAGAACUUAACCUCUAUAAGGACUACACCAAGGUCAAACCUCUAGCCUCGUCCUCAGAGGAGGAAAACAAGGUAUCCCAGAAUUCCCUCCCAGACAGCAGCGAGGAUGAGGAUGUCUUCCGUAAAGAACAGGGUAAAGCAUUGAGGGACAGUUCAAUACACAUCAGACCUCCCCAUCAAGCUAAUACUGCUACCCCCAUCAAACAAUGGAGGCAUCGGCCAGAAAUGUUAGUUAAAGGCUGCUGUAACUACUCUGCCCAGUAUCUGGGCUCUACACUAGUCAGGGAACUUAUUGGAACAGAGUCUACAAUAGAAGGCAUCACUAAACUAAAGAUGAAAUUUAGGAAAAAACUCCAGAAAUCAGCAGACAUCAUUGCCAAAAUCCCCACCAUUUUGUUGUCAAUAUCCUACAAAGGAGUGAAAUUUAUUGAUGCCAAAUCCAAAAAGGUCAUCUGUGACCAUGAGAUUGGGAACAUCUUCUGUGCGUGCCAGGAUGCCCAGAGCAUGAAUUUCUUUGCUUACAUCACACGGGACAACCAGACAUCCAGACAUUAUUGUCAUGUGUUCAGCUGUCGAACAGCAGACCUAGCAAGGGAGGUAAUCAUGACCCUCGGAGAAGCCUUCGAGGUGGCAUACCAGAUGGCAUUGAAAGACAAAGCCAUGAUGGAGGCGACUGAAUUUGAACAGAAACUGAGCCCGAGUGACACGGAUGAUUCCAGCAUAUCCUCAUCUAAAGCAUCCAUUCACACGGUCUGACAUCUGACUCAAGCUAACAGGAAAAAUGGAGAAGAGUUGCCCUCAAAGCUAGGGAGUGACUUGGUACCAUGGACUUUGUAGCAGCACUUACAGGGCAAUAUGGAUACACAUCAGAGUGCCAUAUAUAGUAAACAAUACUGUCCAGUGGCUGUAUUGAACAAUUGGAGCAUAACUUUUUAAUAAUUUACUGGUACAAGGUACUGCUUGAUUGCGUAAACAUGCCAUACACAUACAUGUAUAAACAAGGGCAAAUGUCUGCAUUAGAACCAUUGUUUUAAUCCAGGAUUCAUCUGUAAAAAAUCUUGAUACUUAAAUGAUUCCAGAAUUAAUAAUCUACAAAUCAUGCAUGUCAUGCUUGUAGAAACACAUAGAAUUGAUGAAGUUGGACUUCAAAAUGAUGCAAAUCAAUAAAUUGGUACUUUUCCUGUUUUUGGACAGCCUGCAUUGUAAAGGAGUUCAUAUGAUUAUGUUUCAUUAUAUGCCGUUCAUCUUAAACAUCAUUGUAUUUUAUUUUUCUCUUUUUGAACCAGUUUUCAGUUCCAGUUCAUCCUACAUUUUAAUUUUAAAAAAAUCUUUUCAACUUUUAAGACAAAAAAAAAUGUAAAAAAAAAAAAAAUGCUUUUCAAGUAUGACUUUUUAAGUUCAUAUUAAACCAGCUGCUUUUCAAACAUACUUUGCAUUUUUUAACUUUAUUUCCAGUAAUUUCUACAAAGUUUACCAGUGUUUGGAACAAUUUUCAAUUUUAAUUCAUAUCCUUCUUGCAGGUAUAGAAUUGACUGUACCUAUAUAUAUACUUGUGUAUAUAAUUCAGACUUGCAAUGUAAAUAAUUGUUUUAUGGUUGAAAAGGAACAGUUGCUAAAAUAUUGGUGCUUUAUGUAAACGUUUUUCUUUGUGAUGUAAACUGAUAUUUGAGUUUUAUUAGAGCUAUUAUAUAUAAACUGUAAAUUAAGUUAAUACAGUUGUACAGAGUAUUCAUGUACACUUUGUAAGAUAUAUGUUUCAUACUGUAAAUUGUUUUAGAAGUGUUAGAAUUUAUCAUUGUAUUUUCUGUACAUUUGAAUAACUGAAUGUGUGUAAAAGUACUGAAAUGCAAAUUGGCCCAAAACUCAGAUACUUAACUCAGCUAAACAGAACAGUUCUUAGAAUAUGGUAUAAAACUGAAUCAAGAGCUUGUCUUGAUUGGUUUAUGUGUCAUCAAAAUGGUAUAAUUUGAAUGCAUUUUUGUUAUAUGAUAGAUUAUCAAGUACUUAAUCAUGAUAACUUUUAUUUAAAUCAUUUUCUGUCCCAUUUUUAAUUUUCCAGUGAACUGUCACACUAGAUCCAAAAAAAAAAAUUAAUUGCAGCAUGAAUUACAUACUCUUUUUUUUUGUGUUAUAUCUUACAAGGGAAAACUGUUCAGAAUCUCUGUGUGCUAAUUGAAGAUGUACAUAUCUUAGAUGUAGAUUUUAUGAUGUCAUCAUCUUGAUUUUAACUCAGUGAUUUUUUUUUUUUUUGGUUUCCACAAUAUUAAUAUGCAACUGCAAUUUAUAUUUCAUUUUGUGCAAAUAUGCUUUUGGCAAAAUUGUUUGGUUAAGUCUUCUCCUCAUACAGAAUAGCUUGUCAUUAUUGUAGUAUUUUAAAUACUCACACCAGUGGUCAUUUGAAUGUAUAUUCUACUUAAUAUCAAACUAAGCAAAGUCCCGUAUCCUGUGUACCUGUUAGUGCAAUAUAGCAGUGGUCAGGUUAUAUCAUGUAGGUCAAUUUACUGUUAACAUUUAUCAUGUUUUGUAUGACAUCAAUACAUUCCUCUCUGACUUAGAGAUUUUCUGUAUAGCCAUAUUGUAGCGUAAUAGAUAGGAAAUAAGUGGAAAAUAUCAAUUUGAGAUUAAACUUAAUGCAUUACUAACCAUUUUAAAUUGUAAUUUCUUUUACAAAGGGCUUUCUUUUUCAUUUGUUUUAGUAUAUUUGUAUGCUUAAAAAUCUAUACGAUUAUUUCAUUUGUUAUAGGCUUGUGAGUAAAAGUGAAACGACCUUUUUUCGAUCCAGUCAAAUGGAUGAAGAAGGUAAAUUGUUAUGAAUUAGAUAAAAUUGUUAUGAGACUGAAAUAAACAACAGGCAUCAAAGGCA